AUGCCCGGUCUUCCGACGGUUGUAACGAUUACAGACACCUCUUCUGGCUCCGGACCCAUCCCGUUCUGGCUGGUUAUCGUCACUCGCUUAUUUGCUAUUUUGGGACUUUCCUCUCUCGUCUGGAUCUCCAUUUUCUACGUAACUGCUGGCGGACUUACCACUCUUCUUGGACUCUUGAUGUUCAUCUUCGGAGUCUACCACUUCUGCAUGGAAUGUAGCUUCUUCUGCGUCUGCGGCAUAAGGGAGCGCAUUCCCCUCCCAGCGCCGAUUUCAACCUUCCUCGACUCCGUUGAAAGCCACCGCCCAAGCUACUUCUACAGAGCAGUUCUCUACUUUCUCACUCCUGUUUCGCUCGCUAUCGCCUCUAAAAACGUCACUUGGUACGUCUUCUUCAACUGUGGCUCCCUUAUCUUCUCCUCUCUGCUGUAUGGAUACUGCGUGUUUUUGAUCAAACGAAAUGGUUCUUCAAACUGGAUCACUGCCCAACCGCCGACUUCCCUAAAAAACUAA